UCAGGAGCGAGGAGAGGCAGCACAAGGUUCUCCAGCGCCUCAACACACAACAUCACUCAUCCACUCGCCUCUGACAGAUGCUGCUGCACCCGCUGAGUUUUUUUGUGUACCAGUGGUUUGGAUUGUUGUUGGUUUCGAGAUACAGCGUGGAAACAGGCCCUUCACCUGGCAGCAACAGUCUAGUCAGGACUCGAGGACGGUGAAGGCAGUGCCACCUCUGAGCUCCAAUGCCAAUUCUGAAGAGCGGGCUGGCUAGGCUGAGCCCCACCAAGCUGAAUGGAGGCCCGGUGAAGCUGCUAAGGGAGGUGGUUUUGGGCAGCACCAUGAGUACCGGGACCUUGGGUACUGAGACCAACCCCUUUCAGGAAGAUCCCAGCGAUGCCUUGAAUCCUUUCGCUGCAGACUUGGAGCAGGAGAGGAAGAAUCCCUUCGACGAGAUGGAGGAGGGAGGGGGGCUGGGGGAGGGGCGUCCCAAUGGCGCGCUGCCCGUGGGCGGUGAGCUUGCGCCCAGGAGGAGCACGGAGAAGAUGGCAGUUCUGCGGAGGAUGUUGCACAAGGCCAAGUCUCCAACGGAGGGCAAGGGCGGGGAGAGGAGGCCCUUCUUCAAGCGCAGGUCGUCUACGGAGCAGGAGGUGCCCCCGAGCGGCCCCAGGGGGCCGGAGGAGAGGCCGAUGUCACCGGUCAGCGGGCCGGGGGCCGAGGGGGUCGAUGGGCACGAUGGCAGGAGGAGGAUCUCGUUCCUGAAACGCAGCCGGGGCAAGACGGAGACGGCCCUAGACACGGCAACCGCAGACGUGGGUGUUGGCAAGGAGCCACUGUCAGUGCUACAAAUCCUGCAGUUGGUCAAAGCACGGGAGCUGGUCUUGGCCGACAGCCACAUCAUCGAGUUGGAGGGCGAGUGUGAGAAGUCGGGGGGUCGGGAGAGCGAGGCGCACACCGACAGCGGCAGGAAGGUCAAGGACGUGGCGCUGCUCUACAAGGAGCUGGAGGCCGAGCUGGCCGCCAUUGUCCGAGGCUCGCUGGCCGAUCCCGGGACCACCUCCCACCUGGGCCAACUGGCCCUUACCAUCGAGCAGGAGGAGAAGGCAGACCGGGAGCGGGACUCCCGCGGCCGGGAGCCCGGGGAACUCCGGCAGAAGUGGCGACAGGCGGUCAAGGACUCGGUGUCCGAGAGACUCUCGGCUGCCCAGACGGAGGGGAACGCCGCCAUCGACCGCCGUCUGGGGAGUCUCGGCGACCAGACGGUGACCGACCUGAUCGCGGUCUGGAAGAAGGUCGCGGUGGGCUACCCCAGGGAGUUUGAGGCGUUCAGUGUCUAUGUGCGGAGCUACCACGAGGCUGUGGCCUCCUCUCUGGCACAGAUAGCCCAGCAGGAGAUGGACAUUCAGCAGCUCUACACCUUCCUGGAAUGGACUUACUGUCUAUACUUCACUUCAGGUGUGGGACCCCCAGGUGUGAGACCCCCCAGGUGUGAGACCCCCAGGUGUGGGACCCCCAGGUGUGAGACCCCCAGGUGUGAGACCCCCAGGUGUGAGACCCCCAGGUGUGAGACCCCCAGGUGUGUGAGACCCCCAGGUGUGAGACCCCCAGGUGUGAGACCCCCAGGUGUGAGACCCCCAGGUGUGAGACCCCCAGGUGUGAGACCCCCAGGUGUGAGACCCCCAGGUGUGGUGUGUGAGACUGUGACCCCCAGGUGUGAGACCCCCAGGUGUGUGACUGUGACCCCCAGGUGUGAGACCCCCAGGUGUGAGACCCCCAGGUGUGUGACCCCCAGGUGUGAGACCCCCAGGUGUGUGACUGUGACCCCCAGGUGUGAGACCCCCAGGUGUGAGACCCCCAGGUGUGUGACUGUGACCCCCAGGUGUGAGACCCCCAGGUGUGUGACUGAGACCCCCAGGUGUGUGACCCCCAGGUGUGAGACCCCCAGGUGUGGGACCCCCAGGUGUGGGACCCCCAGAGAGGUGUUGGGCCACGAGGAGCUGACCGCCCACAUCAGUAAGCAACAUCUGGGACCUCUGCUGCCCGCGGACACCCUGCAGACACUGGAGGACAACUGUGUUUCCAUGGUGAAGGCGCGGGUUACAAAACAAAUGAAGAAGGAACUCGAUGUGGAGCAGGAGCGGUGGAGGCAGGAGAGCAAAGUGUUUCAUUCGGAGUUGGCCAACAGGAUCAUCCAGCUUCUUAAAGAAGACAUUGAAAGGUCUUCGGCCAUUUCGGAGGGGCUGGAGUCUCGGAUUGCCAAGUGUGGUCUCCAGUGUCUAGCGGACUUCCUCCAGAGCGUGCUGGAACUGUACGACCAAUUUGCAGACUAUACAGCCCGCAUGGAAUGCGUGGUUCCCCAGACGGUUGCAGUGGUGAACUGCUGCCCGGCCUUCAGAGACUAUAUCGAACGUCUGAUCCAGAAAUAUUCCUCGGAUGAGCAAGAGUUGAAGAGGAAAAUGAUGGGAGCGUUGGACAAGGUGGAGAGGAGAGGCGUCAACCUCUUAACGGACAAACUCUUCAGUGAACUCAAGCCACAUUUUGCAAAGCUGUUGAGGAAGAAAUGGCUCCAAAGUUCGGAGGGUUUUGAGGCUGCCAUCGCCACUAUCCGGGAACAUUUUAACCAGUUCCACAAGAUGAAGACCCCACCCUACCAGGCCCUGGUGGACGGAGCCCACCGCCGGGUGGUCACUGAGUACCUGCGGCCACUCAUGCACGGGAGGGUCAGCUGCACGUCGCAGGAGAUGCGGACACGGCUGGCUCUACGGCUCAACGAGGACUCGUGGAAGUUGCAGGAGCUGUUCCACAGCCUGCAGUCCACCAUGACAUGGCUGGACCUGGCCAUUGGUCAUCUGGCCGAGAUCAUCGCACUGAAGGAAACGUCCUGCAUCCAGAUGGAAGUCGGGGUCUUGGUCAGCAGCUACCCUGAUGUGUGUAAGCACCAUAUCUCCGCUGUGCUGGACAUUCGAGGGGAUUUGAGCCCUUCCACCAAGCAGUUGAUCCUGGAGUGUCUACAGGAACUGGACGCCCACGAUGGGAGCUCCUCCCUGGCCCGUGACCGGGCACUCUUCACCGAGAUUGACCAAGCCACCGCCAUCAACUGCCUGGGCUUUAGUGGGUCCUCCACCCCAGGGUGCUUGACCCAAUGUCUCCACACCCUACGCCAACGUGCCAACCGCUCCAGGUGACCAGUGACGGUCAAGGGAGACAGCAGUGGUCAAAACCGGCCACUCAUCUCCACCGAUCUCCAGGUACUUUUGGGGUGUUGGGUGAAGGGGGGG